UAAAAAUAAUCACUCGCCAUUCACAUGCUCCACUUAGUUAAGCACUUCAUUAGCUGGUCAACUGGCGUAGUGUCCAGCUACCGCUACCUAGUACUCCUACCUCCACACAAGGUAGACAGCUUCAGGCGCGAAGAAGGAAACUCGACGCACUCCCUACCCAGCCAUGGCGACCCAAGACGCGGAUAACCGUUAUCACCAUUACCUCGUCCUGGCCACCAUCUUAGUACUCCCACUCCUCCUCCUCGUCAAGCUCCGUCCGCGGAAGCAGGGCGGGGAGAACCCUCCCCCGGGGCCAUGGCAGCUGCCGGUCAUCGGCAGCCUGCACCACCUCGUCGGCGCGCUCCCGCACCGCGCAAUGCGCGACCUCGCCCACCGGCUCGACGCCCCGCUCAUGCUGCUCCGCCUCGGCGAGCUCCGGGUCGUCGUCGCCUCGUCGGCCGGCGCGGCGCGGGAGAUCAUGAAGACCCACGACGCCGCCUUCGCCACGCGGCCACGCACCGCCACCAUCCGCGCGCUCACCAGGGACGGUCUUGGCGUGGCGUUCGCGCCGCACGGCGAGCACUGGCGCGAGAUCCGAAAGCUCUGCGUCACCGAGCUGCUCGGCGCGCGCCGGGUCCGGUCCCUCCGGGGGUCCCGCGAGGCCGAGGCCGCGAGCCUCGUCGCAUCCGUCGUUGCGUCGAUGGCGGCGUCGGCGUCGGAGCCCGUGAACGUCAGCCUGCUCCUCGCAACCUACGUCACCGACGCGGUGGUGCGCGCCGUGGUGGGCGAUAGGAUCGGGGACCUCCGCGACGAGUUCCUGGAUCGCCUGGACGAGGGCGUCAAGGUGGCCGCCGGGUUCAGCCUCGCCGACCUGUUCCCGUCGUCACGUCUCGCGCACGCGUUCAGCGGGGCGGCCCGCCGCGCGGAGGCGCACAGCCGUGAGAUGUCUCGGCUCAUGGACGGCAUCAUCGCCGAGCACCGGGAGCGGAAGAGGACGGCCGGCGCUGGCGACGAUGACAAGGACCUCCUCGACGUGCUACUGCGGAUCCAGGCGGAUGGCGGCCUCCGCGCACCUCUCGACAUCGGAACCAUCCGUGCGGUCAUCACGGAUCUAUUCGGAGCAGGGAGCGAGACCUCGGCGACGACGCUCCAAUGGGCCAUGGCGGAGCUCAUGCGGAGCCCAGCGGCGCUCCGGAGGGCUCAGGUGGAGGUGCGCGGCGCCCUUGCUGGUGAGAGCCGCGUACGGGAGGAGGUCCUGCCGGAGCUACGCUACCUGCAUCUCGUAAUCAAGGAGACGCUCCGGCUGCAUCCGGCCGUGCCGCUGCUCCUCCCGCGGGAGUGCACGGAGCCCCGGCGCGUGCUAGGCCACGACGUUCCCAAGGGCGCCAUGGUGCUCGUCAACGCGUGGGCGAUCGGGCGGGACACGGCGAGCUGGGGCAUGGACGCCGAGGACUUCAGGCCGGAGAGGUUCGAAGAGGCCGGCGGCGGCGCUGCGGCGGCAGACUUUCGGGGGGCGGACUUCGAGUUCGUACCGUUCGGUGCAGGCCGGAGGAUGUGCCCAGGGAUAAUGUUCGGGCUCGCCGUCAUGGAGCUCGCGCUGGCGAGCCUCCUCUUCCACUUCGACUGGGAGCUCCCCGGCGGCGCGGGUGGACUGGACAUGGCGGAGGCGCUCGGGAUCACGGCGAGGAGGAAAAGCGAUCUGUGGCUGCAUGCCACAGUUCAUGUGCCACAUCCUAGUACUCGUAUGUAGCUGUACGGGAUCGUUUUGUAUGUCUGCGCGAGAUCGUGUUAUCAAUCUGCGGCUCAUUUGAUGCUUUGCAUUUGCAGAUAGGGAAAUGUUUGC